AUGGCACCUACUCUCGAUGACCCUACUCCCCCUCUCCACCCAUCACCAGGCUUCCGCUCCGACACCAGCACCCUCCCCCUCCCAAACGAUGAAGCCCACCGUCUGCCUCCUCCCUAUAACGCUUCCGCUUCUGAAACUCCCCACCAGCCCUCCAACAAGAGAGGGUUCAUUAAUCGUCCCCGUGUUAUUGUCACCCUACUCAUUCUUUUUUCACUUGUCCUUAUAGUCGGCACAUCCCUUGGAGUCAUCUACCUCCUUCUCAGCCCCAAAUAUCCUAAACUCGCAAUCUCCAAUGUCUUCGUCACACACCCACUAGCCAAACAUCCCCGGUUUUUGAUCUCCUUGAAAGCCAAGAAUCCCAACAACAGAGUGGGUGUUGGUUAUGAGAAGGGCGGAAGAGCCGCCCUCUCUUUCAAGAAAAAAAGCGUUGCUACUGGGCCAUUUCCAACAUUCGCCCAAGGAGACAAGAGUUCAAGUGCGGUGCAAAUGGUCCUUAGAGCCUCAAACAAGACGAUGCCUCAUGAAAUCCGAAACAGCAUCCUAAACACCACGUCCAAGCUGCCUCUAUCUUUAGGCCUCACAAUGAAUGUUCCGGUGAGGAUGAAGAUCUGGACGACGAAGAUAUGGAUUGAGGAGCUGGUGUUCGAUUGUAAGUUUAGGGUGAACACAUUGGCCAACAGCUCUCGCAUACUAUAUCAAAGAUGCCCUAUCAAGGCGCCGCCCAAAUGA